AUGUCUCCCCUUCUAUGCUCUCGGUCGGGCCCUCUGCAUCGGGGCAAUCAGCUCCUGCAUCGGGGAAAGGUCAGCUCCCCUGUGCUGGUGAUCGGACCCCGCGUCGGGGCCGGUCCAACGUCUGCGUUCGUUGGAGCUCCCGACAUCCACGACCUCUCUCCCUUGAGACUGCGAGCCCUCGAUGAUAACCAGGCCGCGGUUGGAGCGUCGAUUUCAGGCAAAGGAUCGGCUCCGAUGUUAAGUCCACGCCCCGCGGAGGGGCUCGAAAGGCUACUCGUGGGGGUGAUCCUAAGGUACGGCAUCCCAUCCUCCAACAGCCAUGGCAAGGUCCCUGUUGGCUGUGCACUGCAGGACAGGGCAGUGACCACACUCUUGGUCAACGUCAGUGGGAAGUUCUACGAAUAUUCCCUGAAAGGGGAAAUUAAUUCUGCGCAAAUAAACAACGUGAAACAAGAUGACAUGUUGAGGAAGGUAACCUUUGACCCAGAUGUUUUUUUCAACAUUUUGCUACCUCCAAUCAUAUUCUAUGCGGGAUACAGCCUCAAAAAGAGACACUUCUUCAGGAAUCUUGGCUCAAUCCUGGCUUAUGCAUUUAUUGGAACUGCGGUGUCCUGUUUUGUCAUAGGAAACUUCAUGUAUGGCAUUGUGAAGCUAAUGUAUGCAGUGGGACAGCUUGAAGAUGGAUUCUAUUAUACAGACUGCCUAUUUUUUGGUGCUAUCAUUUCUGCAACUGAUCCCGUGACCGUCCUUGCCAUCUUCAAUGAGCUUCAAGUGGACGUUGACGUUUACGCUCUGCUGUUUGGAGAGAGUGUGCUGAACGACGCAGUGGCCAUCGUGCUCUCAUCGUCAAUUGUAGCUUACCAGCCGGCAGGAGAGAACAGCCACACUUUUGAUGCCGCUGCCUUCUUCAAGUGCGUGGGAGUCUUUCUUGGAAUAUUCAGUGGUUCCUUUGCCAUGGGGGCAGUGACUGGAGUGCUGACCGCUCUGGUCACCAAGUUCACCAAACUGCACUGCUUCCCGCUCCUGGAGACGGCGCUGUUUUUCCUGAUGUCCUGGAGCACCUUCCUGCUGGCAGAAGCCUGCGGCUUCACCGGUGUGGUGUCUGUUCUCUUCUGUGGUAUCACACAGGCUCAUUAUACUUACAACAAUCUGUCGCCAGAAUCAAGAGAUCGAACAAAGCAGGUAUGGGGUCUCAAUGGUGUCCGUCCUCAAUGUGUUUGGACUUAUAAUGUUAAUUUGCAGUCAGGACAAUUGGAAAUCGCUAUCCUGCUGGGCAGAGCCGCAAAUAUUUACCCACUGUCUUUUUUCCUGAACUUGGGCAGAAAGCACAAGAUCGGCUGGAACUUCCAACACAUGAUGAUGAUUGCAGGUUUGAGAGGAGCCAUGGCCUUCGCCCUGGCGAUCCGAGACACCGCGACGUAUGCCAGGCAGAUGAUGUUCACCACCACCCUGCUCAUUGUAUUCUUCACCGUCUGGGUCUUUGGCGGAGGCACCACGCCCACGUUGUCAUGGCUACGGAUCAGAGUCGGAGUCGAUCCAGAUCAGGACCCCGCUCCCAGCAACGAGAAUUUCCAAGUGAUUCAAGACGACGUUGCUCACCCUGAAAGGACCAGCACGACAAAGCAGGAAAGCGCAUGGCUCUUCAGACUAUGGUACAGCUUUGACCACAAUUAUCUGAAGCCAAUCCUAACGCACAGUGGCCCCCCGCUCACUGCUACUCUGCCCGGCUGGUGUGGUCCAAUCGCACGAUGCCUGACCAGUCCUCAAGCAUACGAAAAUCAAGAACAGCUCCGAGACGAUGACUCCGAUCUGAUACUUAAUGAUGGUGACCUGAAUUUGACCUACGGAGGGAGUACACUGACUGCUAACGGCUCCUCUGGCUCGGGCACCGCAUCCAACAGUGCAGACGGCAAGAGAACCAAGAGCAUCUCGGAAGAUACACUGGAACAUGAUCUCGGCACGGAGGACCAUGAACUCAUUACUCGAGGCACCAGAUUAGUUUUCCCUUUGGAAGAUCAUGCUUGACAGCAAUGACAUGAGUGAGGCAUAGAAUGGCCUAAGAAGGAUCAAAGCCUAUUUUUAUUUUCGGCAUUGAGACUGAACUGGUUUACUUGUGUGAUUUAUUUUUUUUUCACCCCCCCCCCCCC